AUGUCACGACCCAAGAAAUGGACAGACGUAUCUAUAGAAUUGAUUAAAGAUCCAGACAAUUUCGAAUUAUGGCAGCAACUAAUUACCUCAGCGGAAUACAAUGACAAGAACGGGAUAUCUAAAUCAACACCACAAUCUCAAUUACAAACACUACGAACUUCGUAUGACAGAUUUUUAGCAAAAUAUCCCUUCAUGUACAAGUACUGGAUACGAUAUGCUGAAUGGGAAUUCAAACUAACUGAUCUCGAUGCAGCUAUCAAGAUCUAUGACGAUGCAUUUCAACACUUGGAGUGUUGCAUUGAAUUAUGGGUCAAUUAUCUACAAUUUCGUAUCAACACAAUCACCAACAACGUUGAUCAAGUGUUGAAUCUAUUUGAAAAGGCAAGAAGGUUGAUUGGAUGUCAUUUCUACAGCUAUGAGUUUUACACUCUUUACUUGUCAUUUCUAGAAAGUUAUGCAACAGACACAAAUCAAUUCAAAAGGAAAUACUACACAUUGUUGAGAAUAAUUCUUGAGGUUCCAUUGUACCAUUAUGAAUACUUUUACAAGAAAUAUUUCGAAUUGAUUUCACGUAUUGGAAAUGACGCUAAACUUCAACUGGACUUACCGUACAUUGUUCCUGCAAAAGAAUUACAACGACAAACAAAGAACUUGUCUCAAGAGUUGAAAAAAACUUUUACUGAUGCUUACAUUACCAUCCAACACAAAGUAUACGAGCUUUACCAUUUUGAAAAACGGUUCAAACGGCAUCACAAUGACAUAAGACUCAUUUCACGACAACAAUUGGAUGCGUGGCUACAGUAUUUCGAUUUCUUGCAAUUGCAGAAAUACCCUCAACUGUAUAUUGAGAUGAAUUACUGGCGAUAUCUAUAUAUCGCUGCAAACUAUCCUGAGUCGUGGCAAAAAUUUGCUGAUUAUUUCGUGUUUUACAAGAAAUUUAAUCUGGCGAGACACAUUUUGAUCCGAGGAUGGAAGUAUCUUGGAAACCAUCAAAUAUUAAUCAAGUUGAUAGAUUUGGAAAUUUUCCUCAAACAAUAUCUUCGAGCCAAAGAAUUGAUUGUUGAGUAUGUAAAGUAUAAUGUGUCAAUUCCAGUUGCAAUUCACGAGAAACUAAUUAGUAUUGAACGGAUAUUCAACGAGAAUGACGACGAUCAUAUGCUCAAUAUAUUCAAGCUGAUUAUUCAAGACACACAAAACGAUUGGUUUUUCAAUGUAUUGAAUUAUUAUUCCAUUGAUAAGGACAAGAAGAUGGUAUUUCUUGCAGAGAUGAAGGAGUUCAAGGGUCAAAAGUAUUACGACACAGCCAUGAAAUUGGUCCUGGAGAAGGGCAAGGAAGAUCAGGAAAAGUCGCCCAAUUUCAAUCAACUUUACAAACAGCUACUAUAUUCAUCGUCGUAA